CGGUUAGACGAUGUCUGUCAUUUUUGGAGUUCAGCGUUUGUUUUAAUGCCUCUGUGAGCCUCAUGCCUGCACUGGAGUGUAUACGAAUCCCGGAGUCCACUGCAGCAAACUACCAGCAAACCUCCUCAGCAAGUCUUACUGCUCCAGGCUACAGCUGGCUAAGGAGGGGAUCAAGGCGGAGGACAGGAUGUCAGAGCUGAGUGACGAAGCCAGUGAGUCGGAGCUGCUGAGCCGCAGCCUUUCUAUGUGGCAUGGAGUCAGUCAGAUGAUCUGUCGGGAAGAACUGGACGUUCCCUUGGACUUGCAUACAGCCUCCUCCGUUGGCCAAUAUGAGGUGGUACAGGAGUGUAUUCAACGUGGAGAUCUGGAUUUAAAUAAGAGGAACUGUGGUGGCUGGACCCCACUGAUGUAUGCCUCCUACAUCGGUCAUGACACCAUUGUGCAUCUGCUGCUGGAAGCAGGAGUGAAUGUCAACAUCCCAACACCAGAAGGGCAGACACCGCUCAUGCUGGCCUCCAGCUGUGGAAAUGAAAGUGUUGCUUAUUUCCUUCUCCAGCAAGGCGCAGAGCUGGAGAUGAAGGAUAUUCAUGGUUGGACAGCCUUAUUUCACUGUACCAGCGCUGGACAUCAGCAGAUGGUGAAGUUCUUGCUGGACAAUGGGGCAAAUGCCAACUGCAAGGAGCCUGUGUAUGGAUAUACUCCUCUGAUGGAAGCAGCUGCUUCUGGCCAUGAGAUAAUUGUUCAGUACCUUCUCAAUCAUGGAGUAAAAGUAGAUGUGAGAGAUAACACUGGAGCUACAGCACGGACCCUGGCCAUGAAGUAUGGACAUACGAAGAUUGUGGGAUUGAUAGACUUGCAUACAGCCCCAGUGCCCAAGGUCUUCUGCAGGGGUCCAGGAAAAUAUGAAGACUUGAGUUCCUCAGAUGAAUCAUGUUCUGCUCCCCAGAGACAGCGACCUGUUCGUAGGACCAAGGGUCCCAGCAUUCAUGAAGGGCCCCAGGCUUUGGCUAAAAUAACAGCAGUUGGAAUUGGAGGAAAGAAGCAGUCUCACUAUGACCAGGUCCCUCUUCAUGGCUAUGUUACAUUCAAUGAUGAUGGCAGCUGUGAAGCAGAUGAUAUCCGGAACCGGGAUGUUACCUCUCCAAUCAAUGAGCAGGAUGUGGAGAGCAGCAGCAGCAGGGAGGAGAAUGUUUUCUGCACCAACAACUUGUCAACCGUCAGGAGCAGCAGCAGCAGCAGUGAGUGCCUGACCAAAGCCCUGGGGGUCAGCAGUGAAGGCUCUCUGGAGAGCAAUGAGGAUUCUGAUCAAGCAAAUAGCCCUCCUAGUCGGAAACAAGCCAAAAGCCUUAAGAUCAAGAACCGCUACAGCAACAGUGAUAGCCAGUGGACACACUGCUCUGGGAAACCUGGGAGCUCUAGUCAGCACAUCAUUCUUCCUGAGCCCCCUGUCUAUACAGGACCUCAGGACCUGGCAACGUUCCUUGAGCAGAUUGGGUGCCUGAAGUAUCUGCAGGUGUUUGAGGAGCAAGACGUUGACCUCCGAAUCUUCCUGACCCUCACAGAGAGUGAUCUGAAGGAAAUAGGCAUCACUUUGUUUGGACCCAAGAGGAAAAUGACGUCUGCCAUUGCCCGUUGGCACAGCAACGCUCGACCCCCAAGUGAUGCCCUGGAGCUGGCCUAUGCGGAUCGACUGGAGGCUGAGAUGCAGGAACUGGCCAUUCAGCUGCACAAGAGGUGUGAAGAGGUGGAGGUGAUGAAGGGCCAAGUGUGCCAGGAGCAGAAGCUGCGUGCAGUGGCCGAGAGCUGUUUGAUGGAGCGGGAUGAGACCUUGAAUGAUGUCCAGUGCCAGCUCAGAGAGGCUCAAGCUAUCACCAAGAACGCUGGGGUCCUACUGGAUCAAAUCAAGUCCUGUCAGGUGGAGCUGUCCUCCCGGCUAACCCAAGAGCAGGCAAUUGGCAGAGUGCUGGACACGAAGAUGCAGUUUGGAACUGGGCUAAAAGCAUGGCCGCCUUCCUUGAAGUCUCUGAGUUUGCCUGAGCUGUCAGCUGUCCUGGAGGAGUGUGUGGGAGAAAUGGGAAAAGCUCUGCAAACUGUGACUCAAAACCUUCAGAGGAUUCAAACCCUGGGACAGGGCGGGCAGAGCUGGCUAGAGCCGUAACGAAGCAGGACGGAAUACUGACGUCGGGUGACUGUUCCACCCGGAAGCAAAGUGUGCCUGGGAGAAUGAGCAUGAGGGCUGUGCUGGCAGUACUGCAGUUCGGCUGAGAGUGCUGCAGCGGCUGACAGAUAUGUGGAAGAAGGUCUCAGCCAUUGGAGAAUGUGCCUGAGAGAACAAGGGACAGCAGAGGACAAGGACUCAACAGCUCUACAGGCCUCACUGUUGUCUCGGUUCACAGGACCGCAUUAUUCAUAUCGAAAGGUUAGGUUAACAGGAGAAGCACUGAGCUGGGAGGGUUUAUCUAGCUUAAGCUUUCUGCAGCCUUCAUCAUCAAGGGCCGUGUGGUGUUAGCAAGCUGACUGUCCACAGCAAUCAGGUUAAUCAGGUUACUCUUCUGUGUCCCAUCCUCCCCAAGACCUCUGACACCUGCUGCAGCCCCUCCUGUGACAUGUGAAUUGGUAGUUGUCCAGGAGCUGAUCCCAAAAAUGUGUACGAAGCAAUAAAGAGAGCAGGUUUGUGAGUGAGUAGAGUAGAGCUAGUAGUGGCUGCAGGUUCACUGAGCUGCACAGUUCUUGCAGCCCUAGUCUCUAGCUGGCAUGUCUUCCCUUUUGCCAUCUCAGCUCUGUCCUUCAAAACCUCUCCCUCCUACCAGCCAACCCUGGUUCAGUCCAGAUUCUUGCCACCUUCAGGAGUUGUGACUGUGCUCUUCAGCGCUAAAGAGCUUGUUUUUUUGUGCUAAAUGCCUAAUGGCAGACACAUUGGCAGUCAAGUUUCACUGCCAAGAUCCCAACACAGAGUGGUUGCAAGGCAGAUGUGCCCCUGGAAGGACAUGAGAGAGAAGGAAAAGCUCCAGAGACUGUUCACUCUCCCGUGCUUCUGGCAAGCAGCAGAGUGCCAAGGCAGGCAGAAUAAGAAUGAGGGAUAGAGGUCUGUCCCCUGUGGGAGAUGGGUAAAAAAUCAUGUCCUAAAUCUAGCUACAGUGCAAAGCUUCAGUCCUCAACCACUGCCUGUCCUUGGAUUCCAGGCUUCAAUGUUAGGAAAUAGAUCUGCCAAGGCAUUCUUGCACCAGCAGUGUGAGUGUUUCUGAAGUGCAAGCAGGUGGUGCAAGAAGAGGCUGACUCCUCAGAGAGACUAGCCCAUCUCCUGGAGGUGUGCAAGCAGCCAUAAGGGGACCAGUGACAGCUGUGUUAAAGCAAAAUGGCUUCUAGCACUGUGCAGUGAUUCUCUGUUCUUGUGUACUGGUGAAUCCUGGGGGACGACGACUUAAUUCUGAGUGAUUGGUUUGAGGAGCCUGGAAAAGCGUCCUUCCCUUUGCUGAAGUGGGGAAGAAACAGUGUUUUCUUUCUGUUUUUUUUUUUUUUUGUUUUUUGUUUUUUUUUUGUUUGGAGCUUGAUCACUGAUGACCAAGUACAAAAAUCCAUUCCAACUCCUUCUGAUCAGCGGCCUGGGACUGUUUAGCAUGAAAGUUAAUCUGUGUUUGACAACAGUGACAUCCAACUUGGCUGUCCCAAUGAAAAGGUGGACUGGUGCUUCCUGGGGACAGUCUUGGGACACUGAGGCAGAUAGAGCCUGCCUUACUGGUAGUUUAUGUGCAGAGCAGUGUGCUCAACUGUGUGGCAUUGCCUUGUGCUCACGUCUGACUCUUAGACUUGAGAUCAAAAAAUUGUGUGCCAUGUUUAACAAAUGAGUCAGUGACAUGGGUGUGUGCAUGUAUGCAUCUGAUGCCUAGCUGAGCAGCAGGCAGGAGGAUAAGGCUGCAGGAGGCUUCACCCUGAAAAACGUUUUGCUGUGGCAGAGCUGAUUCUCCUGAAGGCUUUAAUUCUUGAGGCAGCAACCCUGACAGCUCCUCAAAGUAUUGAGGACAUGAUGACUGUACUGGAAACAGUAUUUCGGGCCUUGUUCUCCAUUCCCUGGUGCCAGAGGAAAUGUGGGGAGCGCCAAGGCCUUGUGUAUUCCCCUCUUCACAGCCUUGGGGGUGUCUAUGGUUGCACCAGCACAGCACUGGCAGUGCUGCUUCCCUUGGAAGUCCAGACUUGCAGUAAAGGCAAGGAGCGUGUGGGACAAGGGGAGACUUUUGUAGAGGCAAAAAAAUAAGUGGAAGGGCCUUGUAGCAUCUGGAGAGCAUGCAAGGCCCUGGCCUGGCAAUGCCUCAGCAGAGCUGGAGAGGCUGUGCAGAAAAUUGGGUGGCAGGAAGGAGAGAGUGUACACACUUGGGAUCAACUUUGCUAGGUCUUA